CUAGCAUCAAUUCCCAAGGGUGGAUUUCUUAUUUCAGCCUUUCAGAAUUGCUAUUGCCUUUCUCUUCCUUGCGGUCUCGCGAUAUCUUCUUCGUCGCCUUCUUCUUCUUUCCUAUCAGACACGCCUCAGCCAUCUUUUGUAGCUUCGUUGCAAAUUCUUCAAAUAAGUGCUGCUCCUUGUCCUCGAAACGUCCCUGGUAUUUGGCACUCCAGUAAUGCAGAUCUUUGUGAAAACCCUAACCGGAAAGACAAUUACUCUCGAAGUCGAGAGUAGUGACACCAUCGACAAUGUCAAGGCCAAGAUUCAGGACAAAGAAGGCAUCCCUCCGGAUCAGCAAAGACUGAUUUUUGCAGGAAAGCAGUUGGAAGAUGGAAGGACUCUGGCCGAUUACAACAUUCAAAAGGAAUCAACCCUUCACCUGGUUUUGAGACUCAGGGGAGGAACCAUGAUUAAGGUUAAGACUCUUACCGGAAAGGAGAUUGAGAUUGAUAUUGAACCUACUGACACCAUUGAUCGGAUCAAGGAGCGGGUUGAAGAAAAAGAGGGAAUUCCUCCUGUGCAACAAAGGCUUAUUUAUGCUGGGAAGCAGCUUUCAGAUGACAAAACGGCUAAAGAGUAUAACAUUGAGGGUGGUUCUGUUCUUCACCUUGUCCUAGCGCUGAGGGGCGGUGGGUUUCUUUUUAUUUAGACGUUCCCCUUUUGUUGGGAUGAAAGGAUUUGCAUUUAAGAAGAAUGGAGUUUGAUGUUACUUUGGAUAACACCAUAUGAUACUUUUUGGGUGGAUGCUUGUGCAUGUGUACGCUCACAUCCAUUUAGGCAUUACCCAUUGCCCU